GAUUAUGUUAAGAGUGGUGAGUUUUACAUUUGGCUCUGGUUGAACCAACAAGAGAUAGACAGUGUCUCUGCAAUGGCUCGACGAUUUCUUAGUAUGAGUUUUGCUUUGAGCGAAACUAACGUCAGACCAAAAGUGUGCCCGCAAUAGCUUGAGCAUUGAUGAAUGCCCAGUUAUGAAUAACUGUUCUUAAGGUUUCAGCCAAGCUCAAGUUUAUUUCAAUUUUCUUAAGUGGGGAUUAACCACAAAUUUCCUGCAGUUGUACAAAAUAUUAAUCAUUAUCAUAUGUACAUAUAAAAUGUGAAGACAAGACAUUUUGGCAACGAUUCAAAUCUAUAUCGGAGUCUCUCGAGGAUUGGGCAUGCGCUACUGAAUCCCUAUAGCUGACUUAUGCCAAGCUACGUGGGGCUCAAAUACAUAUAUCAGGACCUAAGUUCUACUCAACCAAAUAUUUUGAGGCGUGCCGUAGUCGAAUUCGUUGUGAAGAGGGAUGGAUGCAUUAACCGACGAUAAGAAGGCGGGGGAGGCUGGUACCAGCACUACCGCCGCCGUAGACACCCCACCGGAGUACAGUAAUAGCAGCGUAAAGAAGGCUAGAUUACAAUCAACACUGACGGCACUUCUCACUGACCCAAUUCUCGCCGACGUUCCAAAGAAACCGUCGCUGUCCGACGUGGACACUCUCAUCAACUUGGAGCUCGGCAGCGCCAUGCGCAUCACCGUCCUUAAGUUGGACGGCACAUCCCUCGAGGUGGCUGUGAUGAAUUCUGCAACAGUGAAAGACUUGAAAUUAGCAAUUAAGAAGAAAGUGAAUGACAUGGAGGAGUCACGGAUGGGUCAUCGUCACAUUUCUUGGAAACAUGUAUGGGCAAACUUUUGCCUUUCAUACCUCAAUGAGAAGCUACUUGAUGACAAUGCUGCACUUCAGCAUUACGGAGUGAGGAACAACUCUCAGGUGCAAUUCGUUCCUUAUGUUGUUGCAAGAGCUUCUCGAAAGCAUUCUAGGAGGAGAAAGCACCGAUUCUUUCAUGGUCUAAACAGAAAAGCUUGAACAAGAAAUCCGGCACACCUCAAUUUGGGUAACCGAUUGUAAUUACUAACAGAUGUGGCCAAUUAAUUGCCUCUCUAAACUUUUGCAUCUUUUAUGCUUUUUAGAGAAGUAAAAGUUAACAAAUUCGGAAUGUAUACCUGGACUAGAUGUAUUAGUUCUGUAAUUCUGGCUUUCCAGUUUCAUUGCUGCACUUUCUGUAGAAUAUCUUUUUCUCUGUUU